CGUCACCGGGACGCUGUUACACGCCCACCGAGCGCGCGCGUCUGUCAGUGCGCGACAGGAAGCGACAGAACACAACACAAAUAAAUAAACAAAACCGAGAAACGCGGCCGGUAAAUUCUGCAGCAACAACAAAACAACAGAACGUCUUUAAAAACGAGAUCGUGUUGCAGCUCGUGAGCGCAGUGCUGUAAGGCGCCAUGGCCGGGCUCAUGUCGGCCGGUUUCGGGAGAUUCACCCACGCCGUGGUGCGCGCCAUGCCCGCGUCGUUCGCCGAGGGAGCGCUCCGGAGCGGCGCGGGGCAGGUGGACCCGGUGCGCGCGCAGCAGGAGCACGACCACUACGUCGACGUGCUGAAGCACCGGCUCGGUUUGGAGGUGCUCGAGCUCCCCGCCGACGAGUCUCUGCCGGACUGCGUGUUCGUGGAGGACGCGGCGGUGGUGUGCGGAGACACCGCCCUGAUCACCAGACCCGGAGCCGAGAGCCGCCGCGGAGAGACCGAGGCCAUGAAGAAUGCCUUGAAAGCGCUUGGCCUGAACAUUGUGGAGAUGACGGAUGAAUCAGCUAGGCUGGAUGGAGGAGACGUUCUUUUUACAGGUCAAGAGUUCUUUGUGGGGUUGUCAAAAAGAACCAAUCAAAGAGGGGCAGAGAUCCUAGCAGAUACCUUUAAGGACUACGCUGUGUCCACUGUGCCAGUAAAGGAUGGUCUGCACCUGAAGAGUUUCUGCAGUAUGGCAGGUCCAGGACUUAUUGCUAUUGGUUCAAGCGAAACAGCCCAGAAAGCCUUAAAGACAAUGCAGCAAAUGAGUGAUCAUAAAUAUGAUAAGCUCACACUGCCUGACGAUGCUGCCGCUAACUGUGUGUACAUGAACCUGCCCGGUAAAGGCCAUGUCCUGCUGCACCGCACGCCAGAGGAGUACCCAGAGAGUGCCAAGGUGUUUGAGAAGCUGAAGGACCACAUGCUCAUCCCCAUUCCCAACCUGGAGGGGGCGAAGGUGGACGGAGCGCUCACGUGCUGCUCGGUUCUUAUCAAUAAGCCAGCCAAGGUCUAAGGGACUGUACCGAGUGCACACUUAAACCCUGCACCAAUGCCUUUAAAGCAGGAUGUCUGGACUGCUUUGCUCUGUUAUGGGAUUAUUAAUGGAGGACUGGAGGCUAAUUCAGGGGUCUAGUCCCAAAUUCAACAUAUUCACUCCCACUGAACAGUUGCUAAAAAAAAAUAUCAAGCCAUAGUUACUAGUUCAGUUGUACAGUGUUUACUGUACUGAGCAUGUCGCUCCAAUUCCACCACUGUCAGCUAUUACUGCACAGAUGCCAACAUCUGCAGUUUAGCCGUUUAGCAUUUAUGAUUUUUGACUUCUUCCUACAGCGAUAUGGGAGACAAAUGAGAACUACACAUUUCUGCUUUUUCUGGUGAAACAGCAUUCAGACCAAACGUAUAUAAUUCACACAUAACAGCAUUCAGACUAAUAACAUUUAAUUUCAUGGUGGAAAAGCAAUUCACUGACGGGGGAAAGCCCGAAGACGUGAAAGAUGAGCAUUUGCUUAUUUGCUUACUUUCAAUUUAAAAAAAUGGAAGACCUGCUUAUUAAUGAGUAGUUACUCACACUGGACUUUUACCUCACUGUUUUCUUGGUGCACAUCUGGGAAAAAAAAAAAAAAAAAAAAAAGCUGUCUCAUUCACCAAUAUGUGCUAGGGCUUUUGUGGUAAAAUUUUUUUCUCUCUGCCUGUUAGGACUUCUUGUUAGCAAUAUUGGCAGCUCUGUUAUUAGCUGAUAUCUGGAACUCAGCAAAUUACAAAAUGGAGAUUGGUGAAUUCAUAAUACAUUCCACAACUCUCAAAAAUGCAGUCUACGCAAAAAGGAUAUCCCUGAAGAAAGAAGCCAGAAGUGAGCAAAAGUGUGAAUGGAACACAGCCUAUGAUUUAGCCUCCUGUCGUACCAUGUCCAACACUGUGACUCCCAAUGCAAUCCUUUAGAAUUUUUAAGUCCUUAUCCUGUACAGCCUCCACUAUUCUUCAUCCUGGGAGUAGUGGUGCGAUAAGAGCAAAAAGAUUUGUGAGCCAAGCCAAGCAGACCAGACAGAUUUGAAACUCCCCAGUUUAGUGUAUUCUUUGUUCUAGUGCCCUUAAUUCAAUUCAACUCAGUGCAUUUUACCUUAGAGCAAGGAAAAUGCUGAACUCUGGAGUGGAAGGACCUUGAAAAGCCUCGCAGAGAUUAUUUCAGCCUUGUUUGUUUGCAGGUGUGGAGGUGUGCAUUCGUACUAACCCAAACUUCUGAUUGUUUACAAUCCUUUUUAAAAAAAAAAGCCACUAGAAGACCCUGUCACUGUUCCUGCUGUUUUUUACAAUCACUAUAGUCAACAGAGAUUUCAGUAGCAACUAAAAUCCAAGAGACCAAAAUAAAGAGCUCUUGCAAUGA